CCCACCCCAACCCACCUACUCACUUUCGGCGUCGGCGGAGGCGGAGGCGGAGGCGGAGGACGGCGAGCGAGGAACCCUAGCCGCCUGAGGAAGAGACGCCCCCCAUCCGCAAGGCCGGCGACGAUGGCGGCGGUUCGAUGCGCGGCGAGGAGGCUCGGUGGCUCUCUGCUCCAGCGAGCGCAGGCGGAGGAGGGACGCCGGCUCGUGCCAAGCAGGCUCAUGCGCUCCCGCCACCUCUCCAACUCCACCGAGCAAGCUUCAAAGAUCAAGCAGAAGGAGGAGGAGCUGUAUGAUGCGAUAUCCAAAGCAGAGCAGAAGAAGAAGGAGCUGUUUGAUGAGAUUUAUAACGCGGGGAAGAUUUCCACCACUACUGGCCAGCAUCUUUCUGUACAAGCCACUCAAGGAGCAGAUGACCCUCUGCGCUGGAUGCGGUACGCAAUGAGAGCUCGGGGUGUGUUCGAGUUAGCUGCCAAGAUGACAUUAACAUUUAUGGCCUUUGCUUUUGCGUUUGGUUCCAAAGCCAACAAGGUGGUAGAAGCCAAGGAAGACCAGUGAAGAUGGCUCCAGCUUGUUUUAAGUUAAAUUAUGACCUCUGCAGUUUGGCUAGCUAGCACUAUGCUAUCGUUCCUUGUGACAUUGUGUCGCAUGACAUCUUAUAUCUCUAUCUAUCUAUCUAUCUAUCUAUCUAUCUAUCUAUCUAUCUAUCUAUCUAUCUAUCUAUUAGAGUAGCUUUGCGUGAAACUGUAGGUUGAUGAGAACAUACAUUGCAUAGCCUGUAUUGUAUGGCCACUGGCAUGUGGCUAGAGCAACAAGUGGGAGUGAAGACAAGAUCAGAAUUUGAGAUUUCAGUUUAACUGUGACC